AUGGCACACUACGGUGACCCUGAAGCACACCGGUGCAUCCUCGAAGAGGUCUCUGCCAUUCCUGCUGCGCCGCGUCUCAAUGCAUACCUUAAAGCCGCCAUGAUGGGCUCGCAGGGCUCAGACGUCGGGUUGCAGGAGCUGCGGCAUUUCCCUGGUGACCAUAAACAGCAAGACCCACACCUGGAGGUGAUGUUGGCGCUGCUGUCCCUCACGGUGCUCGCCUCCAAGGCCCAUCCGGGCUUUCGGGCCGAGCAGAAGCGUGUGCAGGACCUGAUAAGGCAGAAGCAGGCGGCGCUAAGGCAGCAGGCCGAGCAAAUUAAGAGUGCCCGCAGUUGCAGCGGUGCCGGCCCGUCGGCGUUUGCGUCGAGGACCGGCGUUACCUCGCUCCCUGCUCCUUUCUCAAGCUCCGACGUUAGCAGUGCCUCUCCGGCUGCCGUCGCCAGCGCCGCCGUGGAGGGCAAGGAGGAAAAGCUGACCCCGGUCCAGCGGUGGGAGCAGUCCACGGACAUACUCAACUACUGCGAGGCCUACGCGAAUUACCUUGGCGGCUUCACUGAGCUGUGGUAUGAACUCUUCGGGCCGAACUACUACUACGAUGUCGCCGCGAACGGUGUCUUUGACGAGGAUGACGACGUAGACGAUCGGGAGGGGGCAUGGACCCGACUGUCCGAGGCAGGGGAGUGGGCGUCGACGCAUUCCCCUGUUUUCCCCCUGUCAUCGUCGCCGCAGCAUUCACGGCAUCAUCAGCAGCAGCAGCACGCACGACGCCGUCAGCGACCGCUGCGCGCCCCCCAGGUGCCUCCGCACUUGUACGCCGUCCACUGGAGUGAUAUCCUAACCCCGCAGCGUCGGGCCUGGUUCCACGGGCUCCACAACGCGGUGAAGGAGCUGCUGGUUCGCAUUCUCCACCGCGAGCUGCCGUUAGAGUUAUACAUCCUCUUCAUACAGUACGCAAAUCUCUCCCUCCGCGUGUACUUGCUUCAAACACUGGCGGAGGUGUUUGAGUGGACGUCGCACUUCGUCGACGUGAUUUACUACGUGCACGUGAUGCGGCAGAGCUACAGCAUCCAGUGCGAGAUGUCGCAGCUGCAGCGCGUGUGGUCUUCGUUCGGCCUGUACGACGGCCGCUUCCUCGCCGACUGCCGAGAGUUCAACAAGAUGUACACAGAGUCGCAAGGCGCCUUCUCAGAGCAGUGGGAGGUGGUGCCGGGCAAACCGCCGACAGCGCCACAGGCUGCUGCGGUGACCACCGCGUUGGUGUCGACGGCGAUCGCUAAUAUUGAUAUUACACGCCACAGCUCCAGCGUUACCCCUGAAACCACUGCCUGCCCCUCCUCGAGCACAGUCGCCCUCUCCGCUGGAUCGGCGACAACCUUGUCGUCCGACCUCGCCGUCAUUGCCAGCGCAAGGGUGCAGCGGAUGUUUCCGUUUCGCGAGGCUGCAGGCAACACAUCGUUCGACGCCGCUGACAGCAGUCACACUACUGGGUCUAGGACACCGGACGACGAGGGGCUGUCUUCCGCGAGCGACUGUGAGGCGGUGGACUCGGCUGCAGGCGGGACAAAGCGUGCCGUAUAUCUCCCCCUCUUCUACACCUGCUGCUGCUUCACGUGGAUUCUCCAGCGCACGUUUUGGAGCAUGUAUGGACGGUGCUCACUUCUGUUGGAAAGCUGUCUCGGGGUCGAGGUGGCGCCGCAGGUGUUGUCGGUGGAUGGUCCCGGCGAGGUCAACGGAGGCGAUGCAUCUGUGCUCUUCGCCACCGCCCAGCGAGGCGUGCAGCGCCGCAUCGGCGUGAUAGGCAGUAGUGGCCUCCCGAGCUCUCCGGCUUCUCCCGCUUCUCCAAUACCACGCAAUGACGGCGGGGCCGCCGCGAGAACGCGUUCUGCGUCCACGUCGGCGAUCAGCAUCACAAUCACCCGGAACAACGUCACCAGCCGCCUAAGCGCAUUUGAGGUGCCCACGCGCGAUGGCGGCGGCGCCACCGCAGGCCGACCGCCGCAGACAGCACAAGUACCUUCUCACUGCACGGCGUCAUCGCCGCCGUCUCAGAAGCAGUCGGGAUUCUUGGUUGGGGCAGCGAAGACACAAGGGCCACCGCACGUGGUGGCCGAUGGCUCACAAGCUGAUGCCGUUGAAAUGAUUCCGACGUGGAAUGCCGUAGCGCCUGAGUUGGUUGACGAGAGAGGGAGAGAUGAGGGCGCUAGGUUUUCGUGGGGGUCGGUGCUCGACCUGUUUGUGCAACGAGGACAGCGUCGCCACGGCUGCGGCGCGACGACGGAAGGUGGUUCUGGUAGCGCAGGGGACACGGCGAGCAUGACGCAACGUCCCCACCGUAUUUCCUCCUUUUCACUAGCCACUCCUGCUGGAACGCCGCCGCCGGCUCCGGCGGCGGGUACUGGUGCUCGCGGAGAGCGAAUGAACUCCCUCUUUCUCAAAAACUCAGGAGCCCCGUUCCACCUCCAGUACACCCACCGCGCACGCGAGAUUCAGCUGUACGACGAUCCCUCCGUCACGUUCACAAACGGCAGCGCCGACAACAAAGACGCAAACGCACUCUUCUUCGAGGAGUUUUACUUUCUCCGGGAGACGGGGUGCUAUGUCCUGUCGCAUGCCGUCCGCAACCUUACGUGCUAUCCCCGCUACCCAGCUACACUGCUGAUCUUGACAGACAACACGACUCGGCCCGGACGGGUCUCGUGGUGUGACCACAAGUUCUCCGUCCUGUCCUCGCCAACAGACGAUGGAGACGGGCGUCAAGGCCUGACGCCGUGGGUUCUUAGCGCCGUCAUCCCCCACACGCGACUCUCCUCCAUCCGCAGCGUGCGAGCGAGGCAGGAGGAGGCGCUGCUGAAGCACGUUGUGUUUCAGGUUGCAGGCGCCAAGAGCGCGCGUGUGCGCUUCUGUACCUCAAACUCCAUCUUUUUUGUGCUAAACUGCGGCAGUGAGAUGGACGGCGGUCGGCUCUAUUUCGCGCUGCACUUACAUGUCAAUCUCUCCGCCCGGAAGCAGCUCGACCUCUCCAUCGACACAGUGAUGGAGACCGAGAGCCAGUGGGCAUUCCGGGCUCUCGGCGAGCUGCAUGUGAGCUGGGCCAUGUCAUGCACGUGCAACGAGGCGUUACGCGUGGCGUUCCAGAUCGGGCCAGGAGAAGGGGUGUCAUAG